ACUUGCAUUUCAGCAUUGUUAGAGGACGUAUAUGUCUGAAGAUCAGAAAUAUCCUUAAAAUACAACUGAGACAGGUUGGAUUUUAGGUAGGACGACGAACUUUCCCAAAGCGUGAACGCACGAUUGAGCGCGUGCGCCAGGAGUCUGCUGGAUCGUGGACAUUGAGCAUGCAGUAAUAGGACACUGGGAGAGAGUUCAUCUGUUAGUACGCUUGGAUGGAGGGUGACAAUCAUCUACAGCACUGGAACACAUUAAGAUGUUUGUCGGUGUGCCUUACAGUCCUUAUCCUUGCGACAGACGUAAACGCAGGGGUCAAGAAGUAUGAUGGCCCAUGUGGAGGGAGAGACUGCAGUGGUGGGUGUCAGUGUUAUCCGGAGAAGGGUUCAAGGGGUUUCCCUGGUCCACUCGGUCCCCAGGGCCCUACUGGCCCGCAAGGCCGGCAAGGAGACCCAGGCCUCCAGGGCCCUAAAGGAGAGAAAGGAGAGUAUGGCAAAGGAGGGGCUAUGGGUCCAAAAGGAAGUGUGGGAAUGCAAGGGGUUCCAGGGUUUGAUGGAGCAGAUGGUGUACCUGGACAUCCAGGACAACCUGGUCCUCGGGGAAAACAUGGAGCUGAUGGCUGUAAUGGAACACGUGGAGUCUCUGGAAUACUAGGAUUUCCAGGAAUGGAUGGCACACCUGGAUUUGAAGGCCGGCCAGGUUUAAAGGGGGAGAAAGGGGACCCCUUGGACAUUUGGAUCUAUAUGGAAAGAUUCAGGGGAGACCCAGGACAGCCAGGCUACCAAGGAAUCUCUGGACCCGAUGGUAAGCCAGGUGACAGAGGUCUACCUGGAUAUGUAGGUGUUAUGGGCCCUCCUGGUCUUAAAGGAACAAAAGGACAAAGGGGUGAAAACACUAAAAUAUUAAAAGGAGUCAAAGGAGAGUCGGGUGAUGUUGGAGAACCAGGCCCACAAGGACCUUACCCACACAUCGGUCCACCCCUCACAGAUAUUCAGGGUGUGAAAGGCCGAAAAGGUUUAAAGGGCGAUUCAGGAAAUGUGGAAUUUGACUUCUCCAAAGGAGAGGGGGGUGUUUCAGGGUUACCAGGGCCACGGGGAACCCCAGGAUCAAAUGGCUGGCCAGGACCCAGGGGUGAUGCUGGACAACCAAGUGCCCCAGGAAGCAAGGGCCAGAAGGGGGGAAGAGGUGAACCCGGAGAACCACCAAGUUCAUUUGACGAAACCAUAGUGGGUCCUCCGGGACCUGAGGGAGAGCGUGGUCCAAUAGGAAAUCUUGGUCCUAAGGGUGAAAAAGGACAACAAGGUUUCCCAGGUCCCCCUGCUUCUCAACAAACAGAGGUUCCCUGGGCUUCAGAAGGACCAAAGGGACAGAAAGGAAUCAAGGGUGAAGCAGGAGAAAAUGGCAAUCCUGCCACCAAGCCUGGCCUAAAUGGUUUUGAUGGACGGCCUGGACCCAGUGGACCACCAGGACCCAAGGGAUCAUUGGAAGACUUUUUCAGAGGUCCACCAGGAAGACGAGGACGUCCAGGAAGUACAGGAAAAAAGGGACCGAAAGGUGACCAUGGUUUGUGUGAAUGCAGCACACAAUCUGACUCAGGCCCUCCGGGCCCUCCAGGCGAGCGUGGUGACUAUGGCAUGGUAGGCGAGUGGGGUCAGCAUGGUGAUCAGGGAGAUCCUGGACCAAGAGGCAACGAUGGGGUGCCAGGUUUUCCUGGUGCUAAUGGAUUAACUGGACCAAAGGGGGCAAAAGGAAACCUGACUGUAGCUACAGAGAAAGGAUCACCUGGAGACUCGGGGGACCCAGGUUUCAGUGGUUACCCAGGAGAGCCUGGCAGAACUGGAUAUUCUGGAGAAAAUGGUGCUUCUGGUCUUCAAGGUCCUCCUGGAGAAGGUCCAGUUGGUGAACCUGGAGAGAAGGGCUACCCAGGUAGGCGUGGUUCCUCUGGCCCAAAGGGUCUUUUAGGGGAAUCUGGUCAAGUUCUUGGAGCGAUCAAAGGGAUAAGGGGCCCUCCUGGAGAUGAAGGAAUAAUUGGACCAGAUGGACAUCCAGGGUUGCCUGGUGAAUCAGGAGACUGCAGCUCAAGUGAAGGAGAGCAGUUGAACAUUGCAGGAUGUUUUAGAGAUCCCGGACGACCCGGAGAAACCGGAAUGCCUGGUGUUCCAGGAUUGGAUGGAUUUCCUGGGGUACCAGGUUCACAAGGCCCCCGAGGUCUUUCUGGAGAUCUUGGAGUCAAAGGAGAGCUAGGGGAACGAGGAAGAGGAGGUCCACCUGGACCAAUAGGUUUUGUAGGACCUCGUGGUGAUUUAGGACCUCCUGGCUUUAAAGGGGAAGAAGGAUCUCCAGGGAAGCCUGGUAAACAAGGUGAAGAUGGUGCUUUAGGGGAAAAGGGUGAACAUGGGGAAGUUUUAGGAGCAUCUUCUGGACCCCCUGGAGAUCAAGGACUGCCAGGACAAAGGGGUGUCAGUGGUUUUUCUGGAGAUCCAGGCGUAAAGGGACACUCAGGUAUGGAAGGCAUGCCUGGUAUCAUUGGCCGUAAGGGUGUAACUGGCCCUUCAGGUUUUCAGGGAGAGAUAGGAAGGCCAGGAGCCACGGGAACAUUUGGAUAUCCUGGGCAGCCUGGUAAAACAGGAGCCCCUGGACCACCUGGAAACAUUGGACCACCAGGUUUUAGUGGAGAAAGAGGAGAUGAGGGUGACCCUGGUCCCUCUGGGGUCAGGGGAUUUAAAGGUGUCCUUGGAGACCCUGGAAAUGCUGGUGUGCCCGGAAACACUGGAACACCGGGAGAACCAGGACAAACAGGGACUCCUGGUUUUGAUGGCCUCCAAGGGGUUAAAGGUGUCAGAGGGGGCGAGGGCAUGGAAGGGUUCGAUGGAAAGGUUGGAGAGAAGGGUCUGAAAGGAUUUGAAGGACGGAAAGGAGAGACAGGCCUUCCAGGUGAAAGUGGAAUUACUGGCUUUGAAGGAAACAAAGGUCUAAAAGGUGACAGAGGCCUGACAGGCCCUCCAGGUGAAAAGCCAAAUAUAUAUAUUCCACCACACAUGAAAGAGGUCAUGAAGGGGGCUAAAGGUAAUAGUGGAAACAUCGGCGAACCUGGCUUCACUGGUCCCAGAGGCCCAAAGGGUGUACCAGGUGUUCCAGGAACAGAAGGGGGAGACGGAUAUCCAGGAGAGCCGAGUGAUACAAAAGGUACCGAGGGUCCACCAGGGGAAGAAGGAAAAGCAGGGCCUAAGGGAAUGCCUGGCCCUACAGGACCAUCUGGAAUUGAGGGUUUCUCUGGAAUGGAUGGACCUACGGGUGAAAGAGGCACACCUGGUGCUUACGGACGACCUGGAGAAGAUGGUAUCAAGGGUAUCAAAGGUGAAUCGGGUCUGAUAAUCAGUCCUAAAGCAGCAAAAGGGUUGCCAGGUGAAGAUGGGCUAACUGGACCCCCCGGUGAAAAGGGACUCUUAGGUCAACCUGGAGACAGAGGAAUCCCAGGUUUUAAUGGAAUUGAUGGGACAAAAGGUCAUUCAGGAGAACCAGGAACACCGGGACCCCCAGGUUCUGAUGGACUAGAGGGUUUCCCAGGAAACCAGGGUAGUAAAGGCUGGCGAGGUGAACCGGGAAAGCCAGGAACACCUGGAAUCCAAGGCCAACCUGGACAAAAAGGAUAUCAUGGUCUUAAAGGAAUACUUGGUUUAAAUGGCCUGAAAGGUGAAAAGGGUGUCCAGGGCAUUCCAGGUGAGGACACCUGGGGUCCUUCAGGUGACUCGGGACAAAAAGGAGAGAAAGGAGAGACCGGUAUCCCCAGCACACAGGCUGGCCUCCAAGGAGAUUUAGGUUUCAAAGGUUCCAUUGGAGAUACAGGUGUUAGGGGUGACUAUGGAGCUCCAGGUGAACGGGGACCUCCAGGACCACAGGGGUUCUCUGAUAAAAAAGGAGUGUUAGGUGACUUCGGAUUUCCUGGCACUAAGGGACUACCAGGCUUUCCUGGACCCAGAGGAAAACCAGGUUUCCCUUCUCAAUUGGGAGCAAAAGGAGAGAAUGGGAAUUUAGGUGAAGUAGGAUUAACUGGAGAAAAAGGAACCCUGGGGGACAGAGGAGAAAGAGGACCGUCAGGAGAUCCUGGAGUGUCAGGAAGAAAAGGUGAAAGGGGGCAAGCAGGAAUGAUGGGAAUUCCAGGAAGACAUGGUUUUCAAGGUGACGGGGGACCUUCUGGACCUAAAGGAGACACUGGACCCCCAGGUGGUACUGGCUUAUCUGGUGAUAAAGGACUUCCUCCAAUUCCAGUAAAAUUACCAGGGGAAAGAGGACCUCCUGGUUCAAUGGGUAUUCAUGGACCACUGGGACGGACUGGAAAAGUGGGCCCUUCUGGGCCUCGUGGUGAUGAAGGGUUUAUGGGUCCAAAGGGGCACAAGGGCAUGCCAGGACUCCCCGGUGUACCAGGAACUCCAGGGUUCCGUGGUGAACCUGGACCAUUGGGGUACUCUGGUUUGCAGGGAGAGGAAGGGAACCGAGGACAGCCUGGUUUACCUGGCCACGCCGGAAUGCCUGGUCGCAGUGUCAGUGUUGGUUACCUGCUGGUGAAGCACAGCCAGUCUGAUCACAUUCCUAUGUGCCCUGUGGGCAUGUCCAAAUUAUGGGAAGGAUACAGUCUGCUAUACUUUGAGGGGCAGGAGAAGGCCCACAACCAAGACCUGGGUCUAGCCGGGUCGUGUCUCCCUCGUUUUAACACCAUGCCUUUCCUGUAUUGCAAUCCUGGUGAUGUAUGCUACUAUGCUAGCCGAAAUGACAAAUCCUAUUGGCUGUCCACUACUGCGCCAAUUCCCAUGAUGCCCGUGGAGGAGGCAGAGAUAAGACCGUACAUCAGCCGAUGCUCUGUGUGUGAAGCCCCAUCUGUGGCCAUUGCAAUACACAGUCAAGAUAUAACAAUCCCACAAUGCCCAGCAGGGUGGAGAAGUCUGUGGAUUGGCUAUUCCUUCCUCAUGCACACGGCAGCUGGAGAUGAAGGUGGCGGUCAAUCGCUGGUUUCUCCAGGCUCUUGUCUAGAAGAUUUCCGCGCCACUCCCUUCAUCGAGUGUAAUGGGGCCAAGGGUACGUGUCACUACUUCGCCAACAAGCAGAGUUUCUGGUUGACGGCUAUUGAUCAGAGCUUCCAGACGUCCCCAGCCUCUGAGACGCUAAAAGCCGGUCAGCUCCUCUCACGCAUGAGCCGAUGCCAAGUGUGUAUGAAGAACCUGUAAUCUAUGACACCUGGGUCAUCAUCACAAUUUACAUUGGCAGCAGAAUAUUUCAUUCCAGCCUGGUGAAUGGACGUCAACGUCACAGACAGGUUUCUAAUAUGAUUCUAAAAAGACAUUUUUGCUUCCACAAAAAGCCCAAAGAUUUUCGUUUCACCACUACUGUGUGCCUUAUGACUGAAGUUAUUUAAAUGUGCAGAAUGAAAAGCCAGAGAUGCAUGAAAAGCAUAGACACUAUUAGCCAGAGAUGCAUGAAAAGCAUAGCAGUAUAUUACUCUGAACCUAUGUACUUUUUAUAUGAAAUGGUGCUUACUUUCGAACUUAUUACCUCGGCAUUAUAACACAUGAUUCUUUGUUAUAAUAUUACCAAUAACAUACAGCUGAACCAAAGAAGCCAUGCUUAUGCACUACUCCACCCUUCUAUAUUAUGAGGUAAGUCAAUGUUAUCAGUCUCAUUUAAAACUCAGUUAAGCUUUGGAAUACAAAACAUCUUAUUCGUUGUGAAAAAACAAUAUAUCUGCAGUCGUCAAAAAUAAAUUCAGAACUUAUUUCUGUGCCCCACACACAUAUUGUAAAUGAACAAUCAAAUUUUGAGGUUGAGGGGGUGAAUAGUUGAGAGAAAACAAUGAAGUUAAUAAUAUUAAUAAAUGUGAUUCGAGAAAUCUUCAACAAAUGUCUGGCUUACUAGUAAAUUAUUACUUAUAUUUUUAAAUACUGUUAUUAGAACUUUGUUACUGAAAUAAUUUUUAUCAGAACCACACUUGUUAAACAAAUCGAAAUUUUAAGAAUAAAAAUUACAAUAAAAUAUGAAUCCCAGCUCUAUAAAAGCCAUUACAUCUAUCCCACCAAGUUUUCAACCCCAUUAUAGCCGGCUCAGUUUUAAAUUAGGCUAAGGGCUAAUCGUUACGCUUAAACAUUGUAUAAAUAUAUUACGCUUGCACUAACAUCAUCUUCUGCCUGUACAAUAUGUUUGCUUUGUGUUUUUAUUUUUGAGUUGAUAAAAUUGUAUUGAACAUCUGUAUUAGCCCUUUGUUUUCACACCUGUAACAACUAUAGUCCCAUGGUGAGAAAAUGUGACAUUUUUGUAUUUAUUUUCAUGUAAGAUCAUAAGCUCUUAACUUGAAACUUUUCACUAGAGUUUAUUCACACAAAGGGGUCCUUCUGGUUUGUUUGAUCUUGCUCAUGGUUAACACCAAUUGCACUGAUUUUACUGAGGUUUACAGGACACAAGAAAUGGUCAAUCUGUACUAGAUGAAUCAUAACUUCUGCCCAUGCAUGCAUAAUGCAGGCUCUCAUUAUUCCAUUGAUAGAACUUAAAAGUAUGUAAACAAUGACUUAACCAAAAGUUUGGGUCAACUAAAUGUUCAACCUAGACUUUGAGUGGCUUUGCUUAUUGUCAAUUCGUAUUAUUACCCUAACACACAUAAACCACUAGCAUUUGAUACCAAAAAGAAUCACAAAAUAAUAAGUUAGCACCACUUUUUUGCUAAAAGAAAAUGUCACUGUACUUUUAAAGGGAUACUUCACCCAACAAAAUAUUUUUUCCCUGCUGUGGGAGUCAAUGGGGGCGAUUUGGAACAAUCUGAGGGAGAGUAAAUCAUGACAGAAUUCUUUUUUGGUGAAGUGUCCCUUUAAUGUAAUUAUGUGGAAUAUAUGAAGAUCUUUUAAUGACUGUUAUUGACUGCCAAAAUAAAUGCUUUGUUUGUUA